CUCGCGACUCCCAUUCUCGGUCGCGCAGUGUUUUCGAGUUGGCGCGCAAGUCGACUCUUCGAGGCUGUUGUCGGAGUAAAACGACACGAAAUCGUGGAAAUCAAUUUGGAAGCUUGCGAAACGCUUGACGUUGGUGUGAAGUUUCGGGGAAACGCUUGAAGAGAAAUUAAUAUUUGGAGUCGAAGGAGACGAGUACUCGAGUUUGCUUUCUUUCCGGUGUCUGCGAGACAUUUGCAAAGUAAAUUGGCUCGAGACAAGCGUGAGAGAUACGAGAGAGAAACAGGAAAAUGAAAACGCGGACCAUUGGCCAGAUAACAGCCGAGUGAUAAAUCAAAGCAGAAGUGUAGAAUUAAUUCCAUCAAGUUCUCGUUUAAACUGAUAGUAACAGAGGCGAAUGAACUGAAGAGAAUGAACAACGAAUCGAAGAACGAAUAAUUGAAACUGUAAAAAAAAGUGAAAAAACUGUUCACGGUCGAUUGAUCGUUGUUACAAUUUUAUAAUACUAAUUGUAAAUUGUGUCGUUCGAGGUAGAUUGGAAAGUUAUCAACAUACAUCUAAUCUGUCUCUCGACGUAAUAACGGGAGUAAAAAUUGAUAAUUCCUAAUCUACUCGUAUUGAGAUUUACCAAUAAAAGUAUCAUUACAUAAUCAAUGGUGACGCAUUAUUCCAAUUCAGUCCGCAAAAAUUGACAAGUCCCGUCGAGACAGGCAAGUGUGCUCGAAAGCUCGUUAGAAGCUUUCUUCUUAGAAAAUAAAAGGUCAUGGGACACGAAUUAGAGCGACUCGUGAUUAGAUACAUUAACGUUAGUCGUAUUAAAGGAACUCAAUAGUACGCUAAUCGAGGCUGAAAGUCCGCGAGAAUCGAUUUAUCGAAUCACCUCGACACAAAUGAAAAGAUCCAAGUGAAGUAUACUUGCGAAACCGAAACAGUGGCUUCGAAUCUGCACGAAUUCUCCAAGAAUUUCUUCCUCCGAGUCUCGCUGGAAAUUGUACAGUCCGUCGAAACGAACGAGCGCAACACGCUCAGCGUAAGCAAAUAAACUCUGCGCUUAUACAAAGAAUAAAUAAAUAAGAUCUGCAUGACACCCAGUGGAUAAUACAGAAGCAAGAUACAAGGAGGCGAAGUAUCAUUCAGUGGGUCAGACAGAUCAGUAGGUCGCCAUGUAUCAAAGAGUGGUGUUGUUAAGCCUGCCGAGGACCGAAUCCAUCGACAUUCAGUUCGCCGAUCUGACUUGCGAGGUGAGAGUUGGCUUCAGGGGCCCGUUGAAGAAAAUCCUGAACAACGUCAGCGGAACGUUCAAAACCGGACAGCUGUCCGCCAUAAUGGGGCCGUCCGGCGCGGGGAAAUCCACGUUGCUGAACAUCCUGACAGGAUUCCAGAGGGACAAGUGGACAGGGAAGAUCGAGUACAUCGGCAACAGGAGGAAGCACAGCUGGAAAGAGUACAGGAAACAGUCGUGUUACAUACAACAGAACGACUGUCUGCUGUCGCUGUUCACCGUGUGGGAGAUGAUGUGGAUGGCCGCGAAUCUGAAAAUCGGCGAGAGCCUCAGCCGAAAGUCCAAGGAGAUGCUGAUCGUCGAGAUGCUGGAGAAUUUGGAUCUGAGCAAAACGAAGGAGACGAAGUGCGGCCGAUUGAGCGGCGGUCAAAAGAAGAGGAUGAGUAUCGCUCUCGAGCUGUUGGACAAUCCGCCGGUGAUGUUUCUGGACGAGCCGACCACCGGCCUCGACUCACUCUCCUCCUACCAGUGCAUCAAACUGCUGCGAGGCUUGGCCAGGUCUGGCAGAACGAUCAUCUGCACGAUCCAUCAGCCAAGCGCGGCCAUUUACGAGAUGUUCGACAACGUGUACCUGUUGGCCGAGGGCAGGUGCAUGUACGAAGGAGCCACGGCCAACACGAUAGCGUACUUUGCCAGCGUCGGGCUCCACUGUCCCAAGUACCACAACCCGGCCGACUACAUGAUCGAGGUGGUGAGCAAGGAGUACGGCGAUUUUAACGAUCAGCUGGUCAAGCUGACCAAUAACAAGAAGAAAUCGUGGCGGUUGGACACCUCCGGGUAUCUAACCAACAACAAUUCCAUCGACGAGAGCAAAGUUGGCGUGCUCAUUUGUCCACCUUCCGAGUUCCAGAGGUUCAUCGUGCUGAUACAUCGUUUCGUGAGCCUGCUUGCCAGAGACUGGACCGUCACCCACCUGAAGAUCGCCAGUCAUCUUUCGAUUGGCGUGAUAUUGGGCCUGUUGUACACGAACGCGGGCAACGACGGCAGCAAGUCCUUCAGCAACGUUGGAUUCCUGCUGAUCACAUCCGUCUAUCUCAGUUACACGGCCAUGAUGCCGGCGGUGUUCAAGUUCCCCGCGGAGAUCGAGAUAUUGAAGAAGGAGCGAUUCAACAAUUGGUACCAGUUAAGGACUUACUUCGUCGCGUCGUUCGUGUGCAACUUACCUGUACAGAUGCUGAUGGCCUUUGCUCACAUCUCCGUUUCGUAUUUUCUUAGCGGGCAGCCCAUGGACGUCAACAGGUACUUUAUGUUCCUGUUGGUUGCUAUUCUAACGACACUGGUGUCGGAAAGCAUCGGCCUUUUUAUCGGCGUUCUGACCAACCCCACCAACGGAACGUUCCUCGGUGCCAUUAUACUCUGCGGAAUGCUGAGCCUGUCCGGCUUUUUGGCACUUUUCAAGUACAUUCCGCGCGUUUUGUAUUACAGCAGUUACAUUAGCUACGUGAAAUACUCGUUGCACGGUUUCUUUCAAGCGCUUUACGGCUACAACCGCGAGAAGACGUCCUGCUCGCAAAUGUAUUGCCAUUACAAAAUGCCCAAAACGUUGAUGAUGGAAAUGUCGAUGACGGAUGGGAACUACUGGAUAGACAUCCUCUAUUUGUUCUGCUACUACGUGCUCUUCAGAAUCGCUGUCUACUUUUCGCUCAAGAGGAAACUCUCCAAGGCGUGAGGGAAUCCCUUGACGCGCGCGAACUUCCCUUAAGUUUACGAACAAGGACGACUGACUAUUUUUUUUUUCUUUUUUUUUUUUAUUGUGACGAAGCGGUUAAUAAUUCAACGAAUACGAAUGUAUCUUUCGCAAAAUGACAAAUUAUUUAUGUACGUGCAAAAAUAUUCGUAUGCUUCUGCAAUUAUCAACUCUGAACGAAAUACGUCUCUGUCAAUAAUUUCUAGAUUGCUGAUUUCCAUGCAAAUUUGUACUUUUGAAAGUAUAAUGAAAAAAAAAAAAAAAAAAAAUAGGAAAUUAUCUUGGUUAUUAUACUUUGGAUAUGUAUAUCAUGUUUCUCCAUGUUAUGUAAUAUAAAUAUAACAUUCUCUGCGAGCGUAUUAAUCGUAAUUCAAUAUGUAUCAUCGUUGAAAAGAAUUUCGAAAGUCUCGACGAUCAGAGAGGUACGAAUAUUUUUGUGACUCGCUGUAUUUUGCAUUUCGUUUGAAAUAAGCCGAAUAUUUAUGACAAUAGCUGGUUCAGUUUAGGAAUUCAAAUUUAUGAUAUCACUAGAGAGUAUAUCUUAUGAAUUAAUGUAUCGUUGAAAGCGUUUCAAGCCUCAAAAAAGUGCCGAGUGACUAUGUAAGUAGAAACGAGUGUAUUCGAACGAUAUUUCCUUGACAUUUUCGCUCAGAACAUUGAUUAAAAUACUAAAAUACUACUCGAAUUAUUUAUAGAUAUUUCUUCUCUGAUUAAACAUUGCGGUUCCCUCUCAUUAUCAUUUAAUUAUUACAUGACAUGGAUACGAAAGUCAAAAACAUCAUAAAUUUAAUAGUAUUCAGCUGCGUAUAAAAAUUGAAACAGACGAUUUAUGCGUGUGGUUCUUGAUCUUGAUGGCGUGAGAGGAAAAAAAAAAAAAAAAGAGAGAAAUCGCGGGAACUCAGUCUUCCUGAAAACGUUUAAAACUUGUAUUACAAACCUCAGCAGAUUCUCGACAUUUUCAUAUCUCGUUAAUCAGCUUGUGAUUGAACAACGAGUGUUUCUCGUAGUGUUCUCGACGGUUAAAAGUCUUAACGUAUCUACACUAUGUAUAUGCUCUUGUAUUUAUAUGCAUAAGUAGGCGGCUAGUUAUUAGAACUUAAAAACUUAAAAACGAAUAAAGUGACAAAA